AGGUUACAUCCAACAAGCAUAUCGCCGAGUAAUUGAAUUGUGUGUGUAUAUAUCGAAGGGCUAUCGAAUAACAAAAUCGUAACUUAAAUCCACGUCGUCUAUGAUUCUGGCCACUAUCAACGUAUGUACGUAUGUGCACUACCGGUUUAACUACCGAAAACUAUCAACGUUUUGACACUCUAUUUAUACGAUGACUUGCCUGAUUACUCCCGUCGAAAAUCAGCGCUGUUUCAACUUCCUAUCAUUAUCAUCCAUUUGUAUUGCUGUAUUAUUUCAGCUGUUGACUUGCCGGAAUCUUAUACUGGUGAAUGGCUUUGAAGGUUCUGGGGAUGACAAUGCCAUCGAGGACGCUCGCAGAGCGCAGAUAAUGGAAGAGAGACGCCGUAAUAUCAGUGUGACGUUAAAGAAGAUGGUAGAAUACCCCAACUACGAUAAAAGUUUACGACCGGGCGCAGGAGGUCGCCCAGUCAACGUGCAGGCAGAUAUGUAUGCUUUAAGUAUAGGCCCUGUCGUAGAAAUUGACAUGGAGUACCAUCUGGAUGUGUUCUUCAGACAACGUUGGACAGACCCUCGCUUAGCCCAUCGUGACAGCCAUUAUGAUAUUCUUUCGCUAAACACUGUGAUGUUGGAAUCGAUCUGGUACCCAGACACCUACUUCCACAACGGUAAAAAGUCGUACGAUCACUCGAUCACUACCCCCAAUCGACUGUUCCGCAUCGGCCCCAACGGCACCGUGCUUUACACACAGAGAUUGACCAUUGUGGCCGAGUGUAAAAUGCAUUUCGAGAAAUACCCCAUGGAUGGUCAGAUGUGCCCUCUCCAGUUCGGCAGCAACAGUUUUUCAACCGAUGAUAUCAUCUAUGAUUGGCACCCUGAUAAAGUAGAGGUUUCGCCAGAUUUGAGGCUCUCGCAGUUUGAAUUCACCCAUCAAGACACAGAAAAAAUUCGGCUAAAGUCCGAUAGAAUCGGCGACAGGUCCGUUCUAGUGGCAAGGUUCUAUUUACAGAGACGACUGGGUUAUUUUAUGAUACAGAUAUACGUACCUUGCAUACUAAUCACCGUGUUAUCAUGGGUAUCGUUCUGGUUGAACCCAGAAGCAACACCAGCACGCGUAGCACUAGGGGUAAUGACUAUAUUGACAAUUACCACGCUUGGGUGGAGUAUACGUGAUAGCUUACCAAAGGUCUCAUAUGGAAAGGCGCUGGAUUGGUACUUAGCUCUUUGUUUCACGUUCGUACUUGGGUCGUUGGUAGAAUUCGCUGCAGCCACAUAUUUAACCAAGAAGCAUCAUCUCGCACAGGAG